AGUCCUCUGGGUGUGUGCCCCGCAGAGGGAGCUCCAGCCCCGGUGCCCAGGGUGCAGACCAAUGAGAGCUCCAGAAAGAAAGACGGUCAUUUCCUCCCUGCAUCUUCUCCUGGGGCUUUAAAAACCACAGCCUUGGGGCGUGAGGGACCUUCCAUCCUCAGGGAGCUCAGAAGACCAGAACAUGGACCCCUUCAUUCAUUCCACCACUGAUUAUGAUUACCCGACUCUGGAUCCCGAUGUCCCGGUGGAUAAGACAUCUUACAAGCUGCAGGUUCCGGACAUCCUGGCCUUGGUCAUCUACGUAGUCGUCUUCCUGGUGGGAGUGCUGGGGAACGCCCUCGUGGUCUGGGUGACGGCAUCUGAGGCCAAGCGGACCAUCAACGCCAUCUGGUUCCUCAACCUGGCGGUGGCCGACUUACUCUCCUGCCUGGCACUGCCCAUCUUGUUCACAUCCAUGGUGCAGGAGAACCACUGGCCCUUCGGCAGGACCGCCUGCCGCAUCCUGCCCUCCCUCAUCCUGCUCAACAUGUACGCCAGCAUCCUGCUCCUGGCCACCAUCAGUGCCGACCGCUUCCUGCUGGUGUUUAACCCCAUCUGGUGCCAGAACUUCCGAGGGGCCCGCCUGGCCUGGGCGGCCUGCGCUGUGGCGUGGGGCUUAGCCCUGCUGCUGACCAUACCCUCCUUCCUCUACCGUGUGGUCCGGGAGAAGUACUUUCCACCAAAGGUGGAGUGUGGCGUGGAUUACGGCGAGGCUGGCAAACAGCGGGAGCAAGCCGUGGCCAUCGUCCGGCUGGUCCUGGGCUUCCUGUGGCCGCUGCUCACGCUCACGAUCUGUUACACCUUCCUCCUGCUCCGGACAUGGAGCCGCAGGGCCACGCGGUCCACCAAGACGCUCAAGGUGGUGGUGGCGGUGGUGGUCAGUUUCUUUAUCUUCUGGUUGCCCUACCAGGUGACGGGGAUAAUGAUGUCUUUUGUGGAGCCGAAUUCACCCCACUUCGUGCGGCUGAAGAAGCUGGAUUCCCUGUGUAUCGCCUUUGCCUACAUCAACUGCUGCAUCAACCCCGUCAUCUACGUGGUGGCCGGCCAGGGCUUCCAGGCCCGGCUGCUGAAAUCCCUCCCCAGCCUCCUCCGGAACGUGUUGACUGAAGAGACCAUGGUCAGGGAGAGCAAGUCAUUCACGCGCUCCACAGUGGACACUACGGCCGAGAAGAGCCAGGCGGUGUAGGCGAGAGCCCUACAGGCCACUGUGGGUGAUGUCCCCUUCCUUCCCGGCCACUGUCCUUCUGCUUGUUUUCACUGCACUCUUGGUGGGAUGGCAUUCUCUUAGCUCUAACUCUCCUCCGCGUUUCCUUCCUUUUCCAGGCUUGUCCCUCCUCUUCCAGCCAAAUUCUUCUCAUCCUUCCUCACUUGCGAGGUGAACGCUUCCUUCUAGGGAGUACCUCCCUCCCCGCAUCUUUCCAUCCCAGGCUUUUGAAAAACAAACAGAAACCUGUGUAUCUGGGGCACUUCCAUAUGGCAAAAGGUGUGAACAGGGAACUCAGGAUACAGACAAAUAGAUUCUCACUUUAAAAAAAUGUAAUUAUUUCAUGAAGCAUUGGAGAAAAUGUAAGUGGCAUCUCAAAAGUUCUUUGGGACAAAACAGAAGUCCAUUUUGUCCCAAAAGGUUAUCUAAGCUCUUGUGAGUUGAUUUAAAAAAGAAAAUUAGGCCGGGCGGGGUGGCUCGCGCCUGUAAUCCCAGCACUUCGGGAGGCCAAGGUGGGCGGAUCAGCUGAGGUCGGGAGUUCAAGACCAGCCUGACCAACAUGGUGAAACCCUGUCUUUUUAAAAAAAAAAAAAAAAAAGAAAAAAAAUCAGGCUGGGCGUGGUGGCUCACACCUGUAAUCCCAGCACUUCGGGAGGCCAAGGUGGGCGGAUCAGCUGAGGUCGGGAGUUCCAGACCAGCCUGGCCAAGAUGGUGAAACCAUGUCUGUACUAAACAUGCAAAAAACUAACCGGGCAUGAUGGUGGGUACCUGUAAUCCCAGCUACUUGGCAGGCCGAGGUGGGAGAAUUGCUUGAACCUUGGAGGCGGAGGUUGCAGUGAGCCGAGAUCGCGCCAUUGCACGCCAGCCUGGGUUGACAGAAGGAGACUCCGUCUCAGCAAACAAAAACCCAAAAAUCCUGCAGUUUUGAUUUUACUUUGUUUUAAAGUUAUGAGAUCAUGGCGAACUCAACACAGCUGUGAGUGAUGCUGCAGCGGGAGCUGUGUACCCCGCCUCCCCAGCGGCAGCAUCUCGCCGAACUACGAUGUAGUCUCAUAACCAGGAUAUUGACGCUGAUACUGUCAAGAUAAAGGACGUUCCCAUCACCACAAGGAUCCCAGGGAGGCCCACCUCCCUCCAGCCCCACACCCAGCCUUGCCCCUCAUCCCUGGCAACCACGAAUCUACUCUCUAUUUCUAUAAUGUCAUUUCAACAAUGUUAUUUACUGGAAUCAUAGCACGUAACACUUUUUGAGCUUUAAAAUAAAACAGUAUGCGUGACUUUAAUGAUGAAAAUAAAAAUAAUGAAUAUUGAAA